AACAAAAUACCCUCAACUAAACUUCCCACCCCAAAAAUAUGUAACAAAAUCCAAUAAUUACAAGCAAAGUAAUACUUCAAAAAUAAUUACAUCUUCAUUUAUACUCCAAAAUCACAAACUACAAACAAUUACAUCAUCAGCAUCUGAAACUAAGAGCUUAACCUCGACACCACCGCCAACAAUGGAGAGAGAAAUCAUGCGCCGCCGUAGCAUCGCCGUCGUUCUAUUGCUUUCUGUAGUCCUCGCGGCGUCGCCGGCUUCUGCUUCGUCUUCUCGGGCUGAUUUCAUCAAGAAAACUAUCUCUUCUCAUACCAUUGUCAUCUUCUCCAAAUCUUAUUGCCCGUAUUGCAGAAGGGCGAAAGAGGUUUUUAGAGAGUUAGACCAAGCACCACAUGUUAUUGAGUUGGAUGAGAGAGAUGAUGGUUAUAGCAUUCAGGAUGCACUUGGUGGUAUUGUUGGGAGACGUACAGUGCCCCAGGUGUUCAUCAAUGGAAAACACAUUGGUGGAUCAGAUGAUACUGUUGAAGCCUAUCAAAAUGGGGAGCUGGCCAAACUUCUGGGUAUUGAUUCAACCGAUCAUGAUGAUCUGUGAUUCUGUGAAGUCAGACUGUAGUCAUAAUUUUAGAACAAAGAACUGGUUUGAAAAUGGUUUAGGUACUAGUUAAGCAGGCUUCAAAAUGUGGUUGCUAGAAGUUUGAGCUCCUCGUGAUCUAUGCUAUGAUUUCUACAAACAUUGUGGUUAUGGUCCAUGGCAUUAGUCGACAAUGCAAAUGUAAUCUUUUCUUGCUUAGCACACACCCUGAAACUAAGAGUAGGGAAUGAUUUCUGUAACCUUUUUCUUUCUUUCAAUGUUAAAUUUUGGACUUGAAUCUUAAGUUGUGGUUUUGUCAUUUUUGAGUAUUUAUAGACAGUUCUAUAAGCAUCACCUGGCCUUGAUCAGAAAGUGCAUCAAGUGGCAAUCAGGUUCCGCACUUUACGUUGGAUUCCUGUGUUACAUCAAUUGCAUCCAAUGCUAGUCUUUUACAAGCAGGGUAUCUAUAAUGUGUGUCCCGAGACAGAUAUCUAAAAUGCCGGUGGCCCAACCUGUACGGUAUGGAUGCUUUCUUGUUGGGUGAAAGAGUGGAUGUCUUUGAUGCUGCAAUGUUCCUGCACUCCCUUUUCCACUUGUUUUUUUCCUUUUCACUUGUACCGCCUUAUACUGUUCGUAGCUGAUUAUUACUAAUCUAUUGAUUCUCUA